AUGCUUGUCCAUCUCCAAAUCCCUUGCGCGCCACAAGCUUCGGAAACCCUGCGAGGUGAACCCGUUCUCGAGACCAGCCACUACCAACUCCGCUCCGACUCACCAUAUUAUGAAUACCUGUCUCGCCCUUGCUCCAUACCGCUCAUCGGCCGCCCUGCUCCCACCUCCGGCUUGCCCUUUCGUCCUCCUCCGUCUGACCUGAUGCGCCAUGUGCCCUGUUUCUUAUCAGCCAAUAGGUCCUUUGUAGUCAUGCCGUUGAAACCUAUUGUAACACGGAACAAGGUCCCGGAUUCGCUUGCCGCAGGACCCUGGGCGGCCGACAGGCUUUAG